ACAAAAUUUAGACAAAACAGAAAUUUACAAAUGUCAUCUGAUGUGUCUUGUCAUUUGCCAAUGGAAUCGAAGAAAAUAAAUAUUUUUUUCGGGUUUUUAUUGAUUUUCGUAUAGAAAUUGUUCAAUAAUGGUGUCGAGGAGUUUGACGGAGGUGUUUGUGUUGAUGAGGAAUAAUGCCAUACACAGCAGACAGAUAUUCUCCGAACAGAACAAUGAGUCAGAGCGCGUGCGUCUCAUGCGGCGCAGCUCGCACGAGAUGGAGGCGGGCGUGGAGAUGCGCGACUCGCACGCGCCGCCGCCCUGGGCCGACACGCUCGAGGAGGCGCACUACGUCAUCACCAGGUUAAAAACAAAACUGUCAGAGCUACAGACGCGCCACGAGAAGCAGAUCAACCGACCCGCGCUGGACGACUCCACCGAGCAGCAUCACAUACAGCGGCUCACGCAGGAGAUCGGCAGGCACUUCACCCAUGCUCACACGCACGUCACGGCGAUCAAGGCGCAGAUACGACACGGAAAUAAAACGGAACAGAAGCUAGCCGCUAACGUGGUGCUAGCAUUGGUGUCGAUCCUACAGGAACUUAGCAUAACAUUCCGCACCGCUCAGUCUAUAUACCUCAAAUCCCUAACAUCCAGAGAAGAGAGGUCUAAUGCGUACUUCGAACUACCCAACUUCGAAGAACUGAGUCUUGAUGACAACACAGAUUUACUACCGGGCCUCAGUAACAACCAAACUGAUUUACUUUUCUCCCUCCCAAGCACAUCGGGCAUGCAAAAAAACUUUAUAGACGAGGAACAAUCAGACAACUUCCAAAGACAAGUGAUGAGUCAAAAACAAAUGCUGUUAAUGCAAGAAGAGAACACUAAAAUGGUGACAGAACGAGAAGAAGAGGUUAAUAAAAUUGUACGAUCGAUAGUAGACUUGAACGAUGUUUUCAAAGACUUAGCGCAUAUGGUGCAUGAACAAGGUACCGUUUUAGAUCGCAUAGACUAUAACAUAGAGCAGACACAGGUGCAAGUCCACGAAGGGUAUAAGCAGCUCCAAAAAGCUGAAAGGUACCAAAGGAAAAACAGGAAGAUGCACUGUAUACUAUGCCUUGCUGUCGUUGUAGUAGUGAUGACUAUUUUGUUGAUUAUAGUUAAAAGUUAGUUUUAAGAUAUAGAUUGGCGUAGAUUAGACCAAUCAAUAGAUAAUAAGUGUGAAAGCAAAA